AGCCAGUGUCCCCUUCCACCUUUCUCCAAGCUCUCCAUUUGCGAUGAAGUUUGGAAAGACCAUCCAGUCUCAGCAAGUCCCAGGAUGGGGAGAAUAUUAUCUCAAUUACAAAGCUCUCAAGAAGAUAAUUAAUUCGUACGCAGCCGGCCGUCCUGCGUCAGAUGCAUCCCUCCUGUCUCUCGGCCUCCGUCCCGCUCGACUCCCAGUAGCGAUCACCGACACCAACACAACCUCAUCACUCCCAAAUUCCUCCCAUCCACCUAGCUCGUCAGAUGUCGACACAGAUGCGGAACAUGUCAAUAUUCAAGACUUGGAGCCUUUACCGCCUCAGACGGCCCCUCCGGGAAAUACAAGCAGCGGGUUGAUGGGUCGGAAUCCGAUGGAGAGUGCAGGGCGGAGUGAGAGUUUCAAAGCACAUCGAGAUGUCUUUUUCUUCACACUCCAAAGAGAGCUUGAAAAGAUCAACGCAUUCUAUCUCAUCAAAGAACGUGACCUCCGUCUCCGCCUUCUUUCCCUCUUGUCCAACCGCAAACGUCUUCUUCAAAACUCUUCAUCCACUACACCCGAUACUUCUGACGGCCUCCCACCCACUGGCGCUCGGCGUGACGCAGAGUGGGCGAGCCUCGAAGAAGGCUGGCGUCUCUUUGAACGCGAUCUCGGCAAGUUGCAAGGGUUUAUCGAAAUCAACGCCACCGGCUUCCGUAAGAUCUUGAAGAAAUGGGAUAAGCGGAGUAAGAGUAAUACCAAGGAACUUUAUCUUGAGCGGCAAGUUGAAGUACAGCCUUGCUUUAAUCGAGAGUUUAUCGCCAAACUCUCCGAUAUCGUUGCUGCAAAUCUUAUCGACGUCGAGAAUGGGUCUGAACACCUUUCAACAGCGUUUUUGGAAAGAGAUCCGUCAUCUUUUAGUGGAGCCAACUUUGCCUCUACCGACGUUAUGGCGGGUGGAGUAGGCGUAGGGAGCAAUAGGAGUGUGGAUUUCGAUAUCGAUUCGACUCGAGCUCUUGCCUUGGAUGCUCUUGCAGAUCUCGAGGCGAACCUUAUCAAAGCCAUCUCAGCUGGCCACGACGCUCUUAUCGACUGGGUCAAGGUCGCUCAUGCUCGUCAGCAACGCCAACGUCUCUCCCAAUCCACUACCGACCCGAGCUUGAUGCGUAUCCUCUGGCAAUGCGCCCUCCACGCCCCUCCUACUCUCCUCCCCUUCGUCCUUUCCUCGCUCGAAUUGGACUAUAACUGUAUCGACAAUAUCAACGGCCGAAGUAUUCUACACAAGGCGUGCAUAGUCGGUUCGCUCCCCCUGGUUGAGCGCUGUGUAGAGAAUUCCCCAGGGUUGGUAGAGAAGAACGACGUAUACGAGCGUCGGCCGUUACAUUACGCCGCGAUGCACGGUUUCGCCGAAAUCGUUUCUUUCCUCUUACAAACCUCUUCCAACUCAUCCGCAGCCGACCAUCGAGAAUCGGCCGAACCGUCACCGACGGAUAUGGACGGCUACACCCCGCUCAUGCAUGCUAUCCAGCGAGGUCAUCUCGCCGUCGUUCAGAUCUUUGUCAGUGACGAAAUUACAGAUGGGGACCGCGAGAGGAUCACGCUCGAGCCGACAGCCAUGUCGAACGACCUGAUCCCCCUCUCGCUCGCAUGCGAGCACGGCCACGUCGAAGUCGCCCGCCUUCUCCUCCAACGUGGCGCGAGAGUCAUCCCGAACUCUGAAGGUCUUUACCCGCAACAUUUGGCUGCUAAAGCCGGACAUUCCGCCAUCUGUCAGUUGCUGGUAGAAGAAGGUGGUGAGGAAGGAGGGGGUAAAGACAGGAAGGACAAGUAUAACCUCUGGACACCCCUGCAUCAUGCUGCGAUAGGUGGUGAAGAAAGACAUCUGGAGUGUGUUAAAGUGUUGGUGGAGAAGGGAGGGUGUGAUGUGAAUGUGCCGGAUGAGUAUGGGAAGAGUGCGGGGUGGUAUGCGGCGUGGUUUGGUCACGUGGAAUGUUUGAACUAUUUGAGAGAUCAUGGAGCGAGGUUGGGAGGGUCUGGAGGUGGUGAUGUAACGGCAACAGGCACUGGGGGUGCGGGAGCGCAAGUGGGAAGAAGAAGGGAGGACGGGGAAGAGACGGAAGAGGAGAUGGAGGUAGAUGAGAUGGGAGGUUUGGGACUGGCAGCAGACCCGCAGAUGGGGGGGUUGUCGCCCGGUUCAGAUUUAGAAUUGGACCCUCCUGCCGAAGAGUUUGAAUUGAUACCUUCGCUCUCUUUACCUCCGCCCAUCAUUCCCUUGAGAGUGUACGGCCACGAAUUCCUUGCACAACGAUGCCUCAUCCAACUCUCUCUCGGACAUCGUAUUACCUCUUCCUUCCCACCAUGCAACUCCAACACCCCAGCUCACACUCAUUCCCACGCGCCCGCUAUCAAGCUCUACUCACGCUCUGGUUCGGGACAAGAGACCCUUCACCUUUGGUCUUCGCUAAAGCUGGUCAUGACCUCCAAAUCCGAUAUCUCGGCUGUGCCGCACAGCGUCAUCCUCCCGCUCGCGGAUGAGCGUGAAGUCUUCUCCUUCCACGCACAAGAUCUCGACCGAUUCACCCUAGAACUUUCACUUUACCCUACGUUUGGCUCAAAAGUCAUCGGCCGUGCUAUCCUCUUACCCGGUACGUGGAAGGAUAUAAAGUACCACAAACAACUCCAAGCGCCGCUGCUAGACCAUAAUCUCAAAGCUAUCGGCGAGGUAGCAUUGGAAGUAAGCUGUAUAACGCCAUUUGAAGGUGCGCAGCUGGAAAUCGGAGGGAGGGUUGAGACAUAUUGGAAAUCUAAAGUCGUCAAAGGUGAUUCGGCGCAGGACCACGCCCAUUUGGCACCGAACAAACCUUUGAGUGUCUUUUCAUCGUCAGGUGCUGUGGCGGGGGCGAUAGGAGCCGCUGCUGCAGGUGCUGUUGGGCACGGCGUUGGUCUUGAAGAAGGUAAAGUGAGCGAUGUGGGUGUCAGCUCCGGUGCAGACACGGGCAUGAGCACGGUGCCAGCAGCAGGAGCUGCAAGCGGUGGCGGUGGUGGGGAAUCGGCGUUGGUGACAGCAAGUUCGCUUUCAGGCGAGUAUGUGCAUGUGGUAGUACAGGUGACGAAGGAUGGGGUACCUGUGGUGUACCCCCAUGGAAGAUUACCAGUGAAAGAAUUUGAUUUGGGCGUGUCGGAUGUGACGUAUGAUCAGUUUAUGGCGCUCGCUACACGAUUAGGGCUUGCGCUUCAACCACCAUCCUCCUUAAGUUACCAAUCAACAGCGUCUGAUUGGUACAAUCUCCUCUCCUCUACCCUCGCCUCUCUUACUGACGUCCUCACCCUCCUCCCUCACGAAAUUGGUAUCAACCUCCGCCUUCGGUACACGCGCGAGGUCGAUUCGUCAUCUGUUGGUAAGAAGGUAGGAAGGGAGAGCGGUGAAGUGAACAAGUGGGUCGAUACGGUCUUGGACAGUGUGUAUGAGGUUGGAAAGAAAGUUGGUGGUGAAGGGGGGAAGGCGAGGAAGAUUAUCUUUUCGAGCUUUGAUCCAGUAGUCUGCACAGCCUUAAACUGGAAGCAGCCAAAUUAUGCUGUCUUUUUCGCCUCCUACUGCGGCGUCUCUCGUCAAUCCUCAUUGCCUACUUCAACUUCCAUUAGAUCUUCAGACAGAGACACCACCCACGGUCCAUCUCCUUAUAUCACUGGCGAGCAUGGGCAAGGAGGCAGACCUACUAGACGGCUUAUACCAGCUCCUCGGGAAGAAGAAUCAGAUGUGAGGUGUCUUAGUGUGAGAGAGGCUGUCAACUUUGCAAAGAGCAGAAACUUGUUGGGCGUUAUCCUCGAGGCAUCGACUUUGUCCGCCGUCCCCUCGCUUGUUGCAUCGGUUAAAGAUGCUGGCCUUCUUCUUGCAGCCUUUGGUGAGCCUGCCGAUAUAAGCGUGUUGAGACAGGGUGCGGACGACGGGAGGACUAUAGAUGCGUUCGUCCUUGAAGGGAUUAUGACCCUUACUAUUUAAGGUCUUGAAGGGUGGCUUAACGGAAUUUGACAGUGUUAGAUUUGUUGUUCAACAAUUGCUCUUAGGGGAGAUAAAGCAAAUGGAAACAAUUAAAGCUUCUGUAUCUUUGGCCGAAAAGAGAUGCAUGUAACUGUAAUACUAGCUGAUGCUGAAUAAUAUAGUAACUGGACUUGUAAAAUUUAUCGAGAGGGGGGACAAAUUGAAGUUAAAUAUUCGAGGAAUUCGAGUAUCAUGGUGGACCAUAUCGAGGGAACGCGGACAGCCGACGAACUAUAUAAUAGCGACCAGAUCACCCCGUCAGUCUCGACGGUGGAGCUGAAGAGCGGAUAUUUGUUAUCAUGAAAGAUUAUCAUUAGUACCGAACGAUACUGUGAAAUCAGCAAAAGCUCAAUUUUUUGACUCAAACAGUCCGAAUGAGAAUCGAAAACCACUCUAAAAUGGAGACUACCUAUUCGAAACCUUGUAACAUCUCACAAUAACAGAUGGGUGAUGGUGAUGAGAGGGCGUAAUGAGCAAGGAGUGGAAAGAAACGAAUGCAC